AAUCAGGUCAAGAAUAAUGAACAGUGGCAAAAAACAGCAUUUGGAAGUUGUUGUCGGUUGUGUUAGUGUGUCGGUGUCUGCUAAAAUUUGUUGUCGGAAAUAGGUGGCAAUUGUGAAAAAUGCUGUAAAUUAAAAAAUAAACCUUUAUGUUUGUUUAUUGUGUUUUUCCUUUAAGUGUUUGACGUGUUUUAUUUGAUUUACAAUGGCUUUGGGCAACGGGAGCACCACAAACGGGGGUGUUACCCAAGAAAAAGCCCCAGUGGUCAAUGGGACCAACAUGGAAACACUGCCCAGAACAGGAAAACAGACCGAUCCAAACACCGCCUUUUUGAGGGCAGUUAGAGCCGGACAACUAGACAAAAUUAUUGAAUAUUUAGAUUCAGGCACAGUUAGGGAUAUCAAUACAUCAAAUGCGAAUGGUUUAAACGCCCUUCAUUUGGCGUCGAAGGAUGGUCACAUAGAAAUAGCUAGAGAACUAUUAAAACGGGGUGCUAUUCCAGAUGCGGCGACGAAAAAAGGAAAUACCUCAUUACACAUAGCUUCCCUUGCCGGUCAAGAAGAAAUUGUUCGGCUCCUAGUCCAACAUGGUGCUUCACUAAAUGUUCAAUCCCAAAAUGGUUUCACCCCACUUUACAUGGCGGCACAAGAAAACCACGAUGGCUGUGUUCGGUACUUGCUGUCCAAAGGUGCCAAUCAAGCGUUGGCGACAGAGGACGGAUUUACACCGCUGGCGGUGGCAAUGCAACAAGGCCACGACAAAGUAGUGGCGGUCCUAUUGGAGAACGACACUCGAGGCAAAGUCCGUCUUCCCGCUUUACACAUCGCUGCCAAAAAGGAUGAUGUCAAAGCUGCCACUCUUCUUCUACAAAACGAACACAAUCCUGACGUCACGUCCAAAAGCGGAUUUACGCCAUUACACAUCGCAGCUCAUUACGGCAACGACAAAGUUGCUUUGCUUUUGUAUGAAAAGGGUGCCGAUGUCAAUUAUACGGCAAAACACAAUAUCACGCCUCUUCACGUCGCUAGUAAGUGGGGUAAAAUUAAUAUGGUCACUUUAUUAGUAGCAAAGGGUGCAGAUAUUCAAGCGAAGACCAGGGAUGGUUUGACUCCAUUACAUUGUGCAGCUAGAAGUGGACACGAUCACGUCGUGGAUCUUCUUUUGGAAAAUGGAGCGCCCAUGCAUGCUAAAACAAAGAACGGACUCGCACCUCUACACAUGGCAGCUCAAGGAGAACACGUAGACGCGGCUAGAGUUCUUCUCUAUCACGGCGCUCCAGUUGACGAGGUAACGGUCGAUUAUUUGACAGCUCUUCACGUCGCAGCUCAUUGUGGUCACGUACGAGUCGCCAAAUUGUUAUUGGACAGAGGGGCAGAUCCGAACGCGAGGGCGCUAAACGGAUUUACUCCUCUUCAUAUAGCUUGUAAGAAGAAUAGAAUAAAGGUUGUGGAAUUACUACUUAAACAUGGAGCAAGUAUUGGUGCUACAACAGAAAGUGGUUUGACUCCUCUCCAUGUCGCCAGUUUUAUGGGAUGUAUGAAUAUUGUUAUUUAUUUAUUACAACAUGAUGCUAGUCCUGACAUACCGACUGUUAGGGGCGAAACUCCUUUACAUUUGGCUGCUAGAGCCAAUCAGACGGAUAUUAUCAGAAUACUUCUCCGAAAUGGUGCAGCUGUAGACGCAAAAGCCAGAGAAGAACAAACGCCCCUCCAUGUAGCUUCUAGAUUGGGAAAUGUUGAUAUUGUUAUGCUGUUACUUCAACAUGGUGCCCAGCCUCAGGCUACAACCAAAGAUCUUUACACUCCUUUACAUAUAGCUGCCAAGGAAGGACAAGAAGAAGUAGCCUCAGUUCUUCUAGAUAACGGAGCGGACUUGACAGCGACAACUAAAAAAGGCUUCACUCCCCUUCAUCUUGCCUCAAAAUACGGUCAUCUCAAUGUUGCCAGACUUUUGUUGCAAAGAGACGCUCCAGCUGAUGCCCAAGGGAAGAACGGAGUGACACCUCUGCAUGUUGCUGCCCAUUACGAUCAUCAACCUGUUGCACUUUUACUGUUGGACAAAGGAGCCUCUCCGCAUGCGACUGCUAAAAACGGACAUACGCCAUUACAUAUUGCUGCUCGAAAGAAUCAAAUGGAUAUUGCGACGACCCUCCUCGAAUACGGAGCCCAAGCUAACGCAGAAAGUAAAGCAGGCUUUACACCUCUUCAUCUCAGUUCACAAGAAGGACAUUCUGACAUGUCAUCUUUACUGUUGGAACAUCAAGCGGAUGCGAACCAUGCUGCCAAGAAUGGGCUCACACCUCUUCACUUAUGUGCUCAAGAAGAUCGGGUACCUGUUGCUCAACUCCUGCUAAGAGCAGGAGCUCAAAAGGAUGCACAAACCAAGCAAGGAUACACACCGCUCCAUGUGGCUUGCCAUCACGGUCACGUCAACAUGGUUCGUCUUCUCAUUGAUCAAGGUGCAGACGUCAAUCCUACCACAGUGGCAGGAUACACUCCCCUUCAUCAGGCCGCUCAGCAGGGUCAUGUGCUGGUUAUAACGUUAUUGUUGAAAAAUAAAGCUGAUCCUAAUGCUCUAACAAACAAUGGCCAAACUGCUUUAGGAAUAGCUAACAAACUCGGUUACAUCAGCGUCGUCGAAGAACUAAAAGUGGUAACGGAAACCAACAUUACGACCAACACCACGAUUAACAUUGAAGAAAAAUACAAAGUUGUUGCGCCAGAAGCUAUGCAGGAAACUUUCAUGUCGGAUUCCGAGGACGAAGGAGGCGGAGUGGACGAGCAUCCAGUUGCUUAUGGCCGACCGACGCAUGCUCAGCACAUCUAUCUACCCUUCUACCAAGGACACAUGACCUAUACACGUGAUGAUCCUCUACUAGACCAACAGCAGUACAAAUACAUGACGGUGGACGAUAUGAAGAGCUACGGCGACGAUUCCAUGAGGCUGGACGUUACCAACGACGAGAAGAGUGAAUAUAACAGAAAUUCUAUCGCUCCUUCUCAGAUCAGCAAUGACAUCAUCAUUACACCACAACAUGUCAAAGAGUAUUACGCUACAAAUGCGUAUUCCGCUCCAGAUAAUGUUGACAUCAAUCGACAGCCAAUCACUGUUGGCUUAAGCAGUGGAGAGUGGGCGCGCCUAGAGCAAACUUUGAGUCGUUUGGGUGUCAAAAGCCGUGGAUCUAGCCUGUGCAGAGAAAGUUUCCUGGUGUCUUUCAUUGUCGAUGCUCGAGGUGGGGCCAUGCGAGGAUGUCGUCAUUCCGGUGUCAGAGUCAUCGUUCCCCCAAGAUGCGCUUCUAGUCCUACAAGAAUUACUUGCCGCUACGUCAGACCUCAAAGAACUCCAACUCCACCACCACUGAUGGAAGGGGAAGCACUGGCUAGCAGACUGCUAGAGCUUGGUCCUGUUGGCGCUAAAUUCUUAGGACCAGUGAUACUUGAAGUGCCGCAUUUUGCUUCACUAAGAGGUAAACAAAGGGAAAUAAUCGUCCUGAGAUCCGACAACGGUGAAACAUGGAAAGAACAUACUUUGGAGGCUAGUGAAGAAGCUAUACAAGAUGUAUUAAAUCAUAGUUUUGAUGGAGAAGAACUUAGUCAGAUAGAAGAUCUACACACCAGUCGCAUAACUCGCAUCCUAACAAAUGAUUUCCCGCAUUACUUCGCUGUUAUUUCUCGUAUCAGACAAGAAGUCCACGCUAUUGGUCCAGACGGUGGUACUGUGUCCAGCAUUGCAGUGCCGCUUGUACAAGCAGUCUUCCCUCCGAAUGCUCUAACCAAGAAAAUAAGAGUUGGUUUACAGGCACAGGCAAUAGAACCCGAACUCGUAUCCAAACUCCUAGGUCAUGGUGUAGCUGUAUCGCCGAUAGUGACGGUCGAGCCGAGAAGACGCAAGUUCCACAAAGCCAUCACCCUCAGCAUGCCAGCUCCGAAGGCUCACUCUCAAGGAAUGAUCAACCAAUAUCAAGGAGCGUCCAAUACAACUCUUCGACUUUUAUGUUCCAUAACUGGGGGUCAAAAUAAAGCUGUGUGGGAGGAUGUCACAGGAUCCACACCUCUUACGUUCGUUAAAGAUUGUGUUUCAUUCACAACUACAGUAUCUGCAAGAUUUUGGCUGAUGGACUGCAGAAAUGUGGCGGAUGCUGCCAGAAUGGCCACGGAACUUUAUAAUCAGGCAAUGCAUGUUCCAUUUAUGGCAAAAUUUGUAGUGUUUGCCAAGAGAGUUACUCCAGUUGAAGCAAGAGUGAGAGUAUUCUGCAUGACAGAUGAUAAAGAAGAUAAAACUCUCGAACAUCAAGAGAACUUUACUGAAAUAGCAAAGAGUAGAGAUAUCGAGGUUCUUGAAGGUAAAGAUGUAUUUAUGGAAUUUGGUGGAAAUAUAGUACCAGUACUCCAAUCCGGUGAUCAGCCAAAAUUAGGUUUCAAAGCUUUCAGAGAAAACCGUUUAGCGUUCACAGUAAGACUUAGAGAUCAGGACGAGGAAUCGACUGGUCGCAUUAUAUUCAUGAGCGACGCCAAAGUUGCCAGAGGUGAACCCAAUCAAACUCCAUUAUGCACUCUUAACCUUGUCCUACCAAAAGAUGUUAUUCCAAGUAGAGAUUCGCAAUCGGAUCUACUUUCUUUAGACAAAGAUCACAGCUAUCUUUUGCAUGGAGGAAUAAGUAAACCAGACACUAUUCAUAGAGCAGAUUUCCGGUUAACAGAUAUUUGUAAUUUGUUGGACGACGAUUGGGAGAAACUAGCCCUGGAACUGGAUAUUCCGCCAUCUGAUAUUGACCUCAUCAAAGAAGAAUAUCCUGAGAAUCAUCCUCAGCAAGCUAUGAUUAUGUUUAGGUUGUGGUUAAGACAGAAGGCUAACAAAGCUACAGGCAAUAAACUGGAACAAGCGCUAAACAAAAUAGGACGGCAAGAUAUUGUUAACAAAUGCAUAUGCAACGUCGAAUUAGUAACUGAUGAUAUGGAAAAAGCCUUAGCGAAGAUCCAUCUCGACCAAUCUGGCUUUGAAAAUCUUAAAGAAGAAUUGGGACCUUCUCGGGAUGCUUCUCUUAGGCGAGAUGCACAUGUAGAUAAGUCUUUCCAAAAUAGUCAAGAUGAGCUAGAUAAAAGUGAAAAAGUAAAAAAAAGGGUGCAAAUUGAAAAUCAUAACGAUAUUAACAAAGCGCCACCUGCGAACGAACCUUCCGAACUAAUAGAACCAUCGACUCCUGUAAAAAUACAGCACGAAGCCAUAGAAGAGAUCACCCAGCAAUUGAACCAACUGCAUUCGACUCCGAAGAUAAGCGAUCCCCAUGCCGGAACACCUCCUCCGAGUCCUGCUGAAUUCGGAGUAGCCGAGACGGUUUUAAAUAGCAAACAUGUCCAUAUAGAGGAAUCAGUUCCAGAGGGCACUCCGAAUCAUCAAGAGUCUGAGCCAGCCUUCUCUACGCCUUUCAAGAUCGAGCAUCCUGAUCCAGACCCUAUAGCUACUUUAAAGAGAAAUGUUCACGAUACGUUGACUUUCUUACACCAAGAAAGAAACGAUUUUCUUCCUGAAGACGAUAUAAUUAUUCCUAGUCGAAAGGAUGACCAUAUCUCCAAAAAGAUAAAUUUAGAUAGUAUUCAUUUGAAAACUCCAAAACGUUCAACUAGUGACUAUGAUGACAGUUUUCGCGAAACCGUAGAAAGUGAGGUAGACGACGUGAUAAAAGAAGCCGAAGAGGUUGUUAAUAAUAGAUUAAGUAAUUCAGAUACUUUGUUAGAAGAAAAAUUCAGUAGAAACUUCACAAAUAGGGAUUUAGAAGAAAAGGUUGAUAGUAUAUUUGAUGACGUAAAAACCAACACAGAAGAUUCUUUAGAUAAUUUAGAAAGCUUGAAGGAUGAUUCUAUUUCUAUAAUACAGGAAAAGAGUGAAGAAGCAUUUAAAUUUUUAGAAAAUGAAGCAUCAAGUCCUCUAACUAGUAAAUACGAUGAUAGUAGAUCGUUUAUAGAAAAAGAAAUUGAGGAUUCUAUAUUUGACGAUGUUUCUCAAAAGUCUCCUAAGACACCUCGUAGUUCUAUACCAGUAGCAAAGCCUAGAAAGAGUGUAGAAAAAGAGAGGACAGAUAUGGAUGAAAGGACCGUAUCACCGACAGAUCCUGAAUUGUUAUCUAAAAUACCCGUAGUGAAGGGUGGUAAAAUCAAAACUAUUAAGAAACAUUCAAAAGAUCCCUUAAAAGAGUUCGUUACUCUUUCAAGGGAUGUAAAUUGGGACGAUGAUCUUGAAACAGACAAGAUUAUCGAAACAGUAACGACAGAUCCUAUAGUAAAAACCACAGUCACUAGAAUAACAACAGAAACCACAUCAGAACCAACAAAAAGUAAAAUACCGAAACCACAUCCGGAUGCUUUAAAUUUGACUUCGACUAGUGAACCAAUAGAUUUGGAAGCAUCGCCGAAAAGUAAAAUUCCAGUUCUCAGAACAGAGUCUACUAGAAUCACUUCUCCAGAAACCGUAUACGUAGAAAAAACUACUCUAUCGCCGGAUGGAGUGAAAAUAGUUGAAACUACCACCACCAUAGCAUCACCUGGAUCCAAGGUGUCAACCAAAAGCAGCACGUUGGAUUCCGAAUCCGAUGAUGAUAGUAGAAGAAGUCCUCUAAAGGGGAUACUGAAGAAAACCACAGUCAGAACCAUCGGUAGCUCUAGCGGAUCUGAUAUAGCCCUACACGAGGAGGGAGCUGAACUGAGCGAAGACGAUUCAGAAGACUUCUAUCAGCAAGAACCUCAGUUUUCAAUCGUCACACAAGAGGUUGUUGAUCCUGUUACAGGAGCUAAAAUUACAAGAACGAUCAAAACAGCCUCUCAAGUCAUUACAUCACCACUAACCAUCCAAAACGAAUCUGACUUGAGACAUUCAAUGCAAACCACACUGGAUCAGUUCAUGGAAGAGGAGAGGCAGCCCCACUAGGCACCCGAUUUCGUUAUCGCGACAAUAUAAUUGUUACUUAAACAAACUUUCAUACUACUAUUUUCAAUAAUAUUCGACACGCCAGUGCAUGUGUGUUAUUUUUAUUGUAAUUUUUCGGAAAUAUUUAAAAAUGUUGAAUCUGUAAUUUAAAUACCAUAUUGAAUUGUAAUAUGUCACCAUAUAAAUAAUAAUAACGUGUAUAUUGUACCUUUUGUAAUCAUCAUCAUCAUCAUCAUUAUCCAACCAAUUUACGCAUAGGUCCCCCAUAAUUGUUUCCUCACUUCCAGGGGCGGAUCCAGAAAAUCGAUUAAAGGGGGGGGGCACAUAGGGUACAAACUCAAGGAAUCUGGAAUAUACCCCGAUAAAAUCUAUUCUAUCUAGUGUAUUUUUGAUCCGUCUAGGGGGGGGGGGGCACGUGCCCCCGUGCCCCACCCCUGGAUCCGCUACUGCUCACUUCACGGUUUUGUGCUGAUUGUUGCCAGUUUUUACUAAUCUGCCUGAUAUCAUCUGUCCAUCGUGUAGGUGGCCUUCAUCUACUAGCCUCCAGUCAGUGAUCUGUCAAAGACAAUUUUGAAAUUGGGAUCAUUUAAUUUUUUUCUUUUUCAAUCACCUAUUUGUGGACUAGCCGCUUCUUCUUCACGUGCCAUAUCAGACUUAUCCGACGUUGGCGAUCACCAUUUCAAAGGCUUUUCGAUUUUCUUCUCUGAUACUAGCCGCAGCCCGCAGCUCCCUAAAUCAGUGUAAUGAUUGCUGAAAAGUAUUUUUUACUGUGAUUGAAAUACAUUGAUACACAGCCAUUUUUAGUCAAUAAAUUAAAUAUUUUAUAAAGUUGAAACCACAAUGGUGAAUUUAAAUUAUUAGAUUGUAACAUUUUGCAAAUAUUUGGUAAUGUGAAAUGGAACCAAACAGUAUAAAUUAUAUUUUGGGUAAUAUCCUUAAAUUUUUCAAAUAUAAACUAGAGUAUAGGAUAAAAAAUGUAAUCAAAAUGUAUGUUGAUUUAAUAAUAAUGUAGAUCUUAUAAGGGAUACUGUUAGAAUAUUUAACAGGCUAAAGUUUAAAUCACAAUCAAAUUCAAAAAAAGUACAAGAAUAUCGAAAUAUGCUUAAGUAUAUUUUGCUUGAUCUUGACUUUUGUGUUCCUCUGUGGUAUGAAUUAAAUUAUUUAGGGGAAAACUUUUGAGGAAAGGGAUUUGACAAAACAGGCGUAUAACAGGCAAAUAACAAAUCGUUAUUGAUACAUUUUUUUAGCCAAAUCGUAAUUUUUAUGGAAUUAUUAAUAAGGAAUAUGUUUAAUGACAGAUUCUUCACAACAUAAACAAUCAGUAACAGCUUUGACAGGUGACAGUUGGCUGUAUAGUUAAUAGGGAGAAAGGCCUUUUCAUCAUGUGACGAACGCAAGCACAGCCGCCCUCAGCCGCCACGUUGAUAUAAACAUAUAAAUACAGCGCCGAUUCAAUAUUUUCGUACUGUUUUGAUCAACAAUGGCAAGGACCGCAGUAUUAUCUCCCCAAUUGGAUCAUGCAUUAGAAAAAAUCGAUAAUGAUGCUUCACUUAUUUAUAAUUCAGUUGAAUUCCAUAAUUGUAAGCAAUUAAAAAGGUGGUUCAAAUGUCAUGGACUUCCAGAAAAUGGAAAAAGAAGUGAGCUGAUUUGUGAGGUUAAGAUUAAACAAUUACUCUAAUUCUGAUAAUAAUACUCCACAACAAUAUAAUAGGGCUUUUCAUCGAUUGUCAUUUGUUUCGAGCUUCUGUCAUGUGUCACAUAAUAUUAAUAUAUCUAGGCCAUACGUCUUUGGUUUGUAUCAUUGUUAUAUACCAAUAACGUAUGGCGUAGAUAUAUUAAUAUUAUGUGACACAUGACAGAAGCUCGAAACAAAUGACUGUGAAUGAAAAGCCCUAUAAAAACAUCUGUUUCCUCAAUCCUUGAUCGAGUUUCCCAAAGAAAUAUGAUUUGGUUAUAAUAAAUCAAAGAUAUCAGAUUAAUACACACAUGCACAAAAAACUAUGCUUCAUCUGAUAUGACAUUGUUGAAUUUCUGUUUUGAAUACUGUUCUUUAUUUUUUCAAUUUUGGAUUUUAAAAUUUUUACAUGACCAAUUUGCGAAGUUGUGAGAUUUUUAAAUGUUUAUUGUAUAGCAGUUAAUUAAGAAUACUUUAGAUAUAUUGUAUAUUUUACUAUUUAAAACACUUGAAUUUAUAUAUUUAUUGACAAAAUCCUGAGGUUAUCAUGCGAACGAAGAUAUUUCCAAAUUUAGUGGUCGAUAUGUAUAUUCAAAAAUUAUGUCUUCUGAUUAUUGUUGAAUCUUUUUCGGUGGUAGCCUCUCUAAUUUGAGGUUCAGCUUAUAUAGAAACUAUUCCAGAUGAGACAAGUAAGAUUAGCAGUUACAUUUGCGGGAUGUAUACUUUUUAAUUUGAACUUAAGGAUAUUUUUAAAAAAGCAAAGUAGAAUAAAAAACGGACUUUUGAGAAUAAUUAGUCUAAGAAAAUUUAUUUAUACUCAUCAAUUGAUUAUCGUAAGACCUGGUUUUAGGCCAUAAUAAACAAGAGACCAUAGGAAAAAAUAAAAGAUUUGCUGCGGGCAAAAUAUUGACCAAGAAUCACUCGAGAUUGAAUACAUGAAAAAACAGUUAGCAACAAAUAGACUACAUAAGUAUAGUGAAGGUAGAAUCAAAUAGCAACAUUAUAUUUUCAUUUCUUUUGCUACUGAUAUUUUGCUCUUCGACCCUUACCUCGGUUUAGUAUUUUUGUAAAUCGGAUGAAAAGUGCAGUUUCUGUCCUUAUGACUUAAUUCUUGCAAACGUUUGAUGUGUUUCUCAUUUUUGGGAACAUUCUUAUUGCUUAAUUUACUCUUCUGUGACAUCCAUCCAUUUCAGUCAUGAAUCAUUACAAUCCGUAGGUAUUAUAGCAUAGCUAACUUCAUGGCGUUCAAAAUCCUAUUUUUUAUUAAGGUGGAUUACUCCUCUGCGUCAUUAAUAGCUUGCUGUGUAUCUUUGCUGCUGUUGUGACUCUUUUCCAUUUCUUCCUCUCCUUGCACGGAACUUUCCAGUUUCAUUGCUCUUAUGUCUUCUUCUACGUCAUCCAGCCAUCUUCUUUUAGGUAUUCCUCUACACCUGGGCUGCAGUGGUGUCCAAUUAGUUACCCUCCUCAACAUAUCUAUCCAUUUCAAGCGAAGAGGUUUUAUGUAUCGCACUAUAUUUUCUCCUCUUUCUCUUCUUCAAUUUCGGCGUUUGUUUUCAUUCUUAUUUCUCGUUCUCUUGUUACAUUGUGGCCCAGUAUUGUUCCAAUUAUUUUUCUUUCAAACUUUAGAAGGCUAUCCUCCUCUUUUUUUUGAAUAUUCGUUGUUUCCAUCCGAUAUGUAACUACAGGUGACAUACAGCACAAAUAUAUUUUUAUUUUCUUUUGUCUUUUAGUAUAUAAAUAGCUUAUAAAUAAAUUCCCAUAUCAGGAGACUUCUUAACUUCUCAGUCGGAGAUAAAGAUGCGAUUACUAUAACAACUGAUCUUUUUUGUGGCAUGCCUCUUGACAUAAGUUCAUCCACUUGUAUUUUUAUUGCAAUUUUAUUCGAUUUAUUAUUGUCUUGUAGUUGUAGCUGAAGUAAAUGACCAAACAUUGUGUAAUAUCUUUUUAAUCAGACUAAAAAGUCUAACUAAGGUAUAAUUCAUCAUAGAUGAUGAAUUCUAAAAGAAAAUGAGAUGUUAAAUUACAAAUGAUAUGUUAAGAUUAUAACUUUUCACGAAGUUCUGUUUAUAUUGGGUAAAAAAUACAGCGAGGAGCGAAAAAGGAACUCAUAUAAUUUAUUUGUAAACUAAAGAUACUUGCAAUGGUGGAAGAUUGGACACAUUCACGAAAUACAUGUUCUUCAAUUAAGGAUGUUCUUAAAAAUUUUUGAAGCUCAAAUUAAAAAGUAUACGUUCUGAAUAGCGCAUAGAUUACGGUUUUUACUUAAAUAUACUUUUAGGUAAACAAUUCUGUUUUUUUUGUCAGUAUCGAUUUAUACUAAGUAGGUGCAUACAGUUUGUUGAAUUCGAGGGUACUAAAAUUUCCGUCUAGUACAUAAGUGUGAAAGUUUUAUUAUAUAGAUUUUAAUAUAUAUUAAAUAAUUAUGCUUUAAAAUGAAAUUAUUGUAGAGACUACACUGUUCUGUAAUAUAUAUUUUCUUUUUGGAAUUA